AUGGGUUGGCUUAGAGAGUGCGUUGACUUUGCCCUGCAAAUUGUGGCAUUGAAUCCUUUCUCCCCUUUUCUGCUUGACGGCAAUACACAGAGGCCUCUUGACUUGCCACAUCAGCCGGAGCUACCAUCUGAGCUUGCUGAUGGGAGCUGCCCUGGCAUCCAAUGCCCAACUCCACAGCCGUUCAAAUGCAGUUAUCCCACUCUGGAAAAGGAGGGCUGGGAGUUUUGUAAUACUGAGGACUCACGAGACUGUUGGAUCCGAGACCCAAAGGCUACGAAUCCCAUCUUCUCUCAGUAUGAUGUGUUAUCAGAUUACGAGAAUCUUGACCAAGUUCCCCCAGGCAUAACUCGAGAAUACUGGCUAGAAGUAACAACAAACGAGACGGUUAAACCCGACGGCGUACAGAAGAUCCUCGGAAAUUAUUUCAAUGGCACGUACCCAGGUCCUACGCUUGAGGCAUGCUGGGGCGACCAGCUCGUGAUCCACGUCACCAACAGGGUUUCUGCUAAUGGAACCACCAUACACUGGCAUGGCAUUCGACAGCUGUACUCGAAUGAGAUGGAUGGUGUCAAUGGCAUCACUCAGUGUCCUAUAUCAGACAAUGACCACUUUACAUACAACUUCACUGCAACUCAGUACGGGCAUACAUGGUAUCAUAGCCACUAUUCACUUCAGUAUCCCGAUGGCGUCGCUGCACCGCUCAUUAUCCACGGACCGACCAGCGCCAACUGGGACAUCGAUCUAGGACCCAUACUCAUCUCGGACUGGGUACACGAGACAGCCUACAUAGCCUAUGAUGUCGAGAUGUCGGGGGGUGCGGUGAGUACAGAUAGCAUUGUUGUUAACGGUCACGGUCAUUAUCAAGAUGCACCUGGAGGCUCUUAUUUCCAGACAUGCUUCACACCGGGCAAGAAGCAUUUGCUCAAGUUGAUCAACGGCGCUUCAACUACUAGCUUCAAGUUCUCCAUCGACGACCACAAUAUGACCGUAGUAGCGAAUGACUUGGUCGCCAUUGAACCUUUUGAGGUCGACUCGCUGUUCAUUGGCAUUGGGCAGAGGUAUACCGUCAUUGUGCAAGCCAAGGACGAUGCGAGUACUGACUACUGGAUGCGGACUGUGCCUACAACUGGCUGCGGCGGCUUCAGCACAACGCCUGAUAACAACACCGCCGUCGUCAAGUAUAACAGCGCGAGCACGACCUGCCCAACCAGCCCCCCGAACGCGCAAAACACCUCCUGCGAGGAUGUCCAUACCGACCUGCUCAAUCCUAUAGUCCCCUGGCGCGUAGAUCACCACCCGAGGAACAAUGUUACAAAGGACACGUUCUUUGCGCGGCUUCAAGACAGCCCUGACACGACAUUGGGGCCACCGGGCUUCCCAUACGUCCACUGGCUACUCCAGGAGCACCCGCUAUGGAUCAACUUCAGUCGUCCGACUAUUCUGGACGUUGAUGCAGCAAUCGCUGACCCCAAUUACGUCGUCAUCGAAGAGGAAUACGAUACUGGCUUCGUCUAUCUCGUGCUUGACGCCAGCCACCUCCAGUUCAACGUCACACACCCGAUCCACCUGCACGGCAGCGACUUCGUGGUCCUGGCACAGAGCGCGCAGCCGUGGAACGAGACGACGGGGCCGGAGCUGUUCCGGUACGACAACCCGCCGCGGCGCGACGUGGCCAUGCUGCCGGGCGGCGGGUUCCUGGCGCUGGCGUUCAAGCCCGACAACCCGGGCGCCUGGCUGCUGCACUGCCACAUCGCCUGGCACGCGAGCUCCGGGCUGGCGCUGCAGAUCCUCAUCCGGCCCCGGGACGUGCCCGGCUACCUGGGCGACCUGGCCGAGACGCGCCGGGUCUGCGAGACGUGGGCGCAGUUCCCGCUGACGGCCGAGAUCAUGGCGAACCAGGAGGAUUCGGGCGUCUAG